CCCAUGUCAAUUGUCACUAAACUCGGUAUCCCCCUCCUGUCAGGUUAUGUCUUAAAGCACAUCGUUCUCUUGCUCAUCAGGCAAUACCCUUGCACAAGCUGCGCGGCCCACCCUGCCUGUCUUUACUUUUUGGCAAUCUCGCGGAGAUUAGUGUCAUCAAGAAAAUAAUGGUCUCCUUGCUGAUUGGGACGCUCGAAACGGAACGACUUAUGCAUACAGAGGUUUCUUUGGAGGGUCUCGGCUGAUGACAACCGACCUGAUUGAUAUCGUUCAUAUGCUGGAUUAGUCUGAUAUUUGCCAUAAACCCGACUUCAUUCGCGACAACCUGGCCAGUGUGGGUGCCGGCGAACUCGGAGCACUGACAGUGGAAGGGGACACAGACAGCGAAACAUGCAGUCAUGAUUAUAUCCGAUGCUACGUCUUGGCUGCAGCGUGGUUAUGGUCCGCCCGGGGCCGCAUCUACACGCGGGAAAGGCUCCGGCAUUCACGGCUGCACAUGUUAAAACGCUUUAUCCAGCGUUCUGGGACAAAGCCAAUCAGCUGCGGGAUGUUUGGAUUCGGGCCGUCCAGGAGCAUGCUUCUCAACCCAUUGAUGUCAUUAUCUGGUCAUCAAAAGCAACUUUGGACGUCAUUGAACUUGCUGGGUUUGGGUACCAGUUCAAUGCCCUGUCAGGGGAAAACGAUGAACUAGCUAAUGCCUACUAUGUAAUCUUCACCACGGCAGCUAGCACUCAGAACCAUAUUCGAGACUUGGAUACCCCUGCUAAGACUAUUUGUGAGCGGGCUAUCUCUUCCGCUACCAACGAAUCUCGCCCUGUGGCGGGGUUGUUAACCAUGCCCCAUCAGCGGCGUCAUGGUACAAUUAUGGCGCAAGCGCAUGCGCAUCUCAAUCACAUUGGACUCGAGCUUAUCGAGGUUCGCCUCCAGAGCGCUAUCGCAGAAAGGAAUGUUCCAAGACAAAGAGACCGCCUGACCGUUCUUGUGGCCUCCAAUCUCGAAACAUCCGGUUCUCAGCACAUGAGCACAGACGAAAUCCUAUGUCAAAUUUCGACCUUUUUGAUUGCAGGUUAUGAAAUAACGUCCUCUACACUCACAUGGUGUCUGUACUCUCUGGCCAAAUUUCCAGACAGCCAGAUAUCGCUUCGCAAGGCCCUGCGAACAAUUCCUAUCAGUUCGCCGACUCUAGAUGAUGAUAUCAGAAACCUAGUAUCUCGACUAGGUUGUUCGCGAGACGCUCAGAGUGCAUGCCCCAUGGCGAAACCCUUUCUCGACAAGGGUGGGGAGUACAGGAACUCUAUCAAGAUUAGAAAGCAUGACAUUAUCACCAUGCCCAUUCAGGCUAUCAACAAGAAGAAGGACAUAUGGGGGGAAGACGCUUACUCCUUCAGGCACGUUCCCUCAUGUUCCAUUGUAUUUUCCCUGACGGCCCAUCGGGACAGGCCUGAACCAUGGCAGAACCCUCCUGAGCGAGUUAAAGAAAUCCAAGGACUUUAUUCCAACAUGCUUACGUUCCUUGGUGGGAGCCAUGGAUGCAUUGGCUUCAGGUUUGCCCUCGCAGAGUAG